AUGAACAAUAAUUUGCAGUAUAAACAAUCAGAUUCCACCAAAACCAACCGGUGGCCCGCAGACCGAGCCACAUCGAAAAGGCCACUGCAGUGCACAAAUGAGAGCCGUGAUCACGAGGCCACAAUAUCUAGAAGUACCUCACCAGAGGCUGCAGCAGCAUUGACUAGCAAGACAGAGGCUGCGGUGGAGGAUUGUGGGAGAAAGAGGCUCAAGGAACAUCGGAUCGAAAUGGCUGGACGAGUCUGGAUCCCGGAUAUCUGGGGUCAGGAAGAUUUGCUCAAGGACUGGAUAGACUGCAACCCAUUUGAUGCGUCGCUAGUCAACAAUAACAUACUCUCUGCUCGUCAAGCUCUGAUCCAAGGACAAACAUCUAGCUAG